AUGUUACUGCCAGUCCUGCAAUAUAAACAGUGUGUGUCUGUUUCUCUGUUCCCCAUUGGCUCCACCAUUCAGUCCCAGAAGGAGGCAGGAUGAUGGAUGUUAAUUUAGACCAGUCGCUAGCUCAAAAAAUGGAUGUCACGUGAUCCAGUCUGGGGUCAGAGAAUGUGGGCGGGUCUUGGCAAUAGUUUCCGGAGCCCUAUAUUUGAGCGUGUUGACUGAGCGGUGAGUACACUAUAUUUACUAUAAUUGGACAUAGUGGGUGUUGGAGCAUGGUGCUAUAUAAAUAGCAUGAAUUUGCUCUCUUUUAUACGUUAUAUAUAUAUUUAUUUUAUGUUCGUUUAAUUCUCCCAGUUAAUGUGUGGGGGAGUUCUCUGGUCCCCAUCUGUGGGGGGUGGGGGGGGGGGUAUGUAUGUAUGUAUGUGUGUGUGUGUGUAUAUAUAUAUAUAUAUAUAUAAUAUAAAUUUUUCAUACAUUGCCACUGGCUCCCUGUGACAAUUGACGUGUGAUAAAGUUCCUCUUAACAUAAAGAGUAGAUCUGAUACUGCUCUAUGGAAUAGAGAGGUAUGCAACAUUCUGCACUCUAGAUGUUCUGCACUGCAUCUCCCUUAAUGCUUUUACACCUGUAAUGAUGGCAAGUUAUCAUGGGAGAUUUAGGAGUGCUGAAGGUUGCCUACACCUGAAAUAGGCAUUGCUUAGCUAUCGUAAUGUACCUUUCAUGUAAUAGUGCUGUUUUUUUUUUUUUUUUUUUAAACUUAUUUUUCCCUCUGCUGGAAAGCUAAUGAAGGGAUAUUGUUAGCAAAAUGGCACAAUAUGACUCUAAGCACAGAAUGCAAGGAUCAUGGUUGGUCCUGGAGGGAUCAAGCUGCUGUUGAGACUUGUGCAAGUGCAGCUUCUUUAAAGGACCACUAUAGUGCCCUGAAGGUGCCCCCACUAUCAGGGUCCCCCUCCCACCCGGCUCUGGAAGGGGGAAAGGGGUAAAAACUUACCUUUUUCCAGCGCUGGGAGGGGAGCUCUCCUCCUCCGAUCCUCCUCUUCUCCUCCCAUGCGGCUGAAUGCGCACGCGCGGCAAGAGCUGCGCGCGCAUUCAGCCAGUCACAUAGGAAAGCAUUAUCAAUGCUUUCCUAUGGACGCUUGCGUGAAGCACGCAAGCGCCUCUAGCGGCUAACAAUGAGACAGCCACUAGAGGAAUUGGGGGAAGGCUUAACCCAUUCAUAAACAUAGCAGUUUCUCUGAAACUGCUAUGUUUAUAAAAGAAUGGGUUAAGCCUAGCUGGACCUGGCACCCAGACCACUUCAUUAAGCUGAAGUGGUUUGGGUGCCUAUAGUGGUCCUUUAAGUUAAUAGUAUGUUUAUUGACUUUACAUGUGUGAAACAUUAAAAGAGACACUACAAGCACCAUAAACCAUACCCCCUCCCAAUUAUAAACCUGCAGCUGAACACAUUGCUGUCCGGAAUAAUUCUUUCAUUGUUGAAUUUGAAUUCUGCCAGUGGUUGUCAAUCAGUUGUAGAGCAGCCUGAUAGUGGAAAGCAAUAGGGAAAUGAACAUUCUGCAUAAAUAGUCUAAAGCCACAAUACAGAAAAUAUAUGGAACAAUCCAUAGGGUUAUCCAAAUGAAUUGUAAAAUUAGUAGGUAAAGAAGGCAUACAUGAAUCCUGUUUAUUUGUACAUGGUACUAAUCCAAUCUACUUGGCCUGAUACACAAAAUAAGUUCAGAUGGGGACAGUUGCCUAGAGCCAUGGAGUUUGACAGGCAUAUUCACAGAGCAUUGAAUUUUUGCUAAUUGAAUCUAUAGGGGAAAAAAAAAACGAAAUAUCUCCAGUCACAAUCUUUUUGCCUAUGUUUUGUUAAAUUCAGAUUGUUUGUGAAUGUUUUAAUUUUGUAAAUAUCAAUUCUAGGAUGCUAUUGUUGCAGGAAAACAACUUUGUUUUCCAGACACCAUAAUUUCCCUUUAAAGUUGAGGGAAUAUGUAUGUUUUAGAUUUGUUGUAUGUGAAAACUUUGGUUCCUUGUAACAGCAGGGAGGGAUCUGACAGAAUAUUUAGUAGUAUGCAUGUAAGUUCUGGCUUCAUCCACUGUGGAGUAAAAAAAUAAUGCAGAAAUAAAGCAUUUGUGCUAAGGUAGUAGAGAUGCCUGAAACAUCCUUCUCAAAGGCAAUGUUAUUAUAGAGUGUCUUGAGGUGGGCAUUAUUUUCUGUGUUGAUCAUGGCAGUAACAUGACUCCUACUUGCCUACAUUGUACACUGUAUUAAUAUGAACCCGAGUACUUCAGUUGCUCAGAAAUGAUGAGCUGAAAUUCAGAAAAUGUUCAGCUGAUAAAUGCAGACUUUUGCCCUAUGUAUUGGAGUUUUUUGGGGGGUCUGGGACAUAUGAUGACUCGUGUGUAAUUUAUUUCAUGUUUCCAUACAUGCAGAUAUCUUCACUCUGUAAAGACUUCUAGUUUUUUUAAAUUUUGACAUACAGUACUCUUGGAUGGUAGCUAGCUAUCAGCAAAUGCCUCUUUGGGCAAUACCUGGUAAGGAAUCUCUACAUCUAGUAAGGCAAUCAGGUGAUCUAAAUUUACCCGUCCAUGGGAGGUGAAUUUCUGAGAAAGUAGCACAGUAGAGGAAGGUUGAAGGGCAUGGGGAGUUAAGGGGAGAGCUGAAGAAGUAUGUUUUAGUGAUUUUGUGAAGAAGUGCAGAGAGUUAAAAAAAUUGGAUGUCGUAGGAGGGCAUUCCAUAAGGAAAGGGACUGUAACAGGGCGUCAAUGGACAAAAGAGGCCAAGCUGGACAAUAUCUGCUAAUGAGGGAGGAGAUGUAAGCACGGGCACAGUAAUGGAGAGCUUUGUAAGUAGGCACAUGACCUUUGAACAGAAUCCUAUAGAACAUAGGAAGCCACUAUUGAGACUUGACACGUGAAAUGUGGUUUUGUAUUUUUACCUCAGCCUUUUGUCCCAAGAGUUAUUCAGAAACAUAAUCAUGGGCAAGACCAAUGUAAUCAUAAUUGAGCCAGUGUGGACAUUCUUCAUGACAAUCCAUGCUACCUUGCUCAUUGUGGAAUCUGAAUGGUAGUAACUGAUUAUUAAAGGCAUAUAUAAGAACAUAAAUGACACACUCAUCUACUCAGGAACAUAAUUGACACUCCUUUAUUCAGAAGGAAAGAAGUUACUACAAAAAUGUGAAAAGAUCUAAAAGCGGUUUUCUGUCCUCUCUCAAGGUCUACAAAUUGCUAUUCGGAAUAUGUUUUAUAACUUGACCAGAGUCUUGUGAGGACAAAAAGAUGAGGGCAACUUGCAAGUUGUGCCUACACCAGUGAAUGGAUGGACUUGAAACUUGCUCGUGAUGACUCACUAGGGCUCAGUUGGAAUCUGUCUAUUAAGUGUCUAUAGGUUUUUGAUACUGGAUCAUAUUGGAUUACCCGUCUAGCAGCUGUGAAGGCAAUUUAUAAAAGUGGCUUUUUGAUUGCCUUCACAACUGCUAGACUGGUAACCCAAUGAUGUCUAGAUGUCUGUGAAGUUAUUAGAUGAUCGAUUACUUCUGUCUUUUGUUACCACCUGAGUUCUCUCCUUAAAGGGACUCUCCAGUGCCAGGAAAACAAUCUGUUUUCCUGGCACUGCUGGUCCCCUCUCCCUCCCACCACCCAUCCCCGGUUGCUGAAGGGGUGAAAACCCCUUCAGUUACUUACCUGAGUCCCCCACCAAUGUCCCUAGGCGGUGGAUCCCGCCCGCUGGCUGAGGAGACCUAAUGUGCAUGCGCGGCAAUGCUGCAAAUGCGCAUUAGAGCUCUCCAUGGGAAAGCAUUGAAAAUGCUUUCCUAUGGGGAAUUGAGCAACGCUGGAGGUCCUCACACACAGGUCCUCACAAAACCUGUGCUAUGAAGCAGGAAGUGCCCUCUAGUGGCUGUCUAGUAGACAACCACUAGAGGAGGAGUUAACUCUGCAAUGUAAUUAUUGCAGUUUAUGAAAACUGCAAUAAUUACAGUUGCAGGGUUAAGUAGUGAGAGUUGGCACCCAGACCACUCCAAUGGGCAGAAGUGGUCUGGGUGCCUGAAGUGUCCUUUUAAGUUGUCUCAAAGUGCCACAUGCAUCAUAUUAUCCUGCCUCUUUUCUGCCUGAAUCUUGUAAGUCCUAGUUUCUCAACCCCUGGUACGUGCAACACAGGCAGGGAUAUGCCAAGAGGUGGCUGGCUGGCCACCUUGGCGUUCCCCAGGAUGUGGCUGUCUGGGGGAGAAUGGAGAGAGAGGCAGUUAGGGAGUUGUACUCUUUAUGAUCUUCCAGCACUGCUUUCUCGCGAGCCCUGAGAUGAUGCAGAGAGCCAGGCUAUGCUGUUAGUCUGGCUCCGGCAUCACUAAACAUCGUGCAAGGGAACACUGCAGGAAGACUAUGAGGAUUACACAAGCCCCACACUGGACUCUAGGAAAAUAAUCCACUACAGCUCUCCCUGGAGUGAGAGGCUGGGUGGACUUAUAUACAAAAAUACUAUAAUAAUAACAAUCUGUGAUAGAAUGUUUGUGUCUGUCAGUGUGUGUCCCCUCUGUGUGUAAAUGUGUGCAGUGUUCACUAUGUGUAAGUGUGUGUGUCAUUGUCUUCUGUGUGUAACUAUUGUGUGCAUUAUAUUUUAAUUUUGUGACUGUUCUACUUCAGAUUAAUCGUUCAUGUACUCAUACUUACAUACACAAUAUUUACAUUGUCAUGUUUAUUUUUAUAAUAGUCUUUACUACCUUUUUAAUAAGGUGUUUUUCUACAAUAUAGGAUUAAUGUAAAUCAGUGUCUACAUAUUUAAAAUGCAAAGCAAUAGAAAUUACUUUCUCGAGGCAGAGUUACGUGUACUACAAGGUUACCUGGCCAUAAAUAGUUGAGAAACACUGUUAUAAGGAAGCCGUCCUUCCAUACUUGGUUGUUCAACAUUGUCUUCUCUUAUACUUUAAGCCCCUGGAAUAUGUCACCCUUUCUGUCCCCAGCAAAGACAAAUAAAGUUUCAUACAAUACUACACAGUUUGACUAUUUUAUUGAACGAUGAAAGCUCAGUCACCACAUAUGGAUUUUAUGUCUACCACCAACUCCUCUUUUUUUGUAAUUUUUUUAUUCCCCCCUGUCAUUGCUAGUAAUGUAAAUUUGUAUAAAGGCCCUGUCAUAUUUGCUUUAACUGCAUUUUCUUUAAUCAUCCUCCUGUAUUACAUAUUGGUUUGCUGCCACAAUAAACAUUAUUUUUCUUUUUUUUUGUGCUGAAAGUAUAGGUGAAGGUCUUGGCUAAAUAGGUAGGAUGCGCCUCUCAGUAUUACUGUAACUGUACUAAGUAAUGGGAAAACAUAUAUUUAUUUUUUAUUUUUUUUAGAUGAAGAGAGUAUCUUAUAUUAUGCAGUGAAUGAAGGGCAGUGUCAUUUUGUUUUACAAAGCUGUUUUACUGCUGAUGAUCUUACUUUGAUUUGUAGACUGUAUUUUGAAUAAUAAUUUUUUUUUUAAUUUUUUUUUGUAUUUCCAGAGAAUGUCUGUACAACCAGUGCAAGGAGCCCCACAAGGCUCUGUCACUCCCAUACCGAUGUAUACACCACAAAAUUCUACAACCACUCAACCGCAGCAGACAUCAGUGCAGUACUAUAAUCCACCCAAUGUGCCUCCUCCACCAUUCUCUAAUCUCCCCAAUUCAAGCUAUGUACCCCCUAGACCGGACUACAUGUCUUAUCCACCUCCUUUUACGCCCCCAACACAAAAUUCCGUAA